AUGACGGACAACCAGGAGAAGGGCAUCGCGGGGCGGGCGCGAGGAAUGUCCCUGUCAUCGCUGCUGCACACGACGCCGCAGCUGGGCAUGUGGCAGGCCACAGCGACGGCAAUGGCUCAAGCGCCAAAUCUGACCGAGCUGCGAGAACCGGAAGUCGGCGGCGCAAACAUCACCUUCGAUGCCCAUGGCCAUACGACGCUUAUCGCGAAGCCGGACGAAGAUGGCGAGCUUACUCUGGUCAAGUCGCAAACCAGAGUCCUCGAUCGCCCAGCGACAGACGAACCUGUGCUACCAGGAGAAACAGACGAGAAGGCCCACAAGCAUUUGCGCAGGCAUCAUGGGCAUGGAAUCCGCCGCCGACAGACGCUGAAGGAGAAGCACGCAUCUACACACAAGGAAUCGUGGGGUCCGACCAUCAAGAACGGUCUCAAAGCAUUCUGGGUGUUUUUCCUCACACCGUCUGGCUUCUUGAUCACGAUUUAUGGCCUCAAUGUCGUGGCAUGGGGCGCAAUGCUCUUCUUCUUGCUUCUAAAGGCCGCCCCUGCCAUGUGCCAUGUGCGUGGCACGCAGAUCUACGACUGCGACAAUGACUACAGUCAGAAUAAGAUCUGGCUCGAGAUCGACAGCCAGAUUCUUAACGCACUAUUCUGCGUCACUGGCUUCGGCCUCGCACCCUGGCGCUUCCGCGACUUCUACUGGGUGAAGCGCGCCAUUCACUUCCACGAUCCGAACGCUAUGCGCCGCCUCUUUAACCAGAACAAAGCGUGGUUCCGACCACCUGCGUGGUUCACCGAGAGCGAAGGACGUGGUGGGGAGAACCUGGAGCCGGCUACGUUCACGGGAGUGAGGGCGCCGCCAACGAGCAUGUGGAAGUUGGCGUUCACUGUUGAUAUGAUGGUGUUAAAUACACUGCUGCAGGCGGUCCUCUGUUUUUUCAUGUGGCAUUACAAUCGCUUGGAUCGUCCGACGUGGGCGACAGGCACAUUCAUCGCGUUGGGAUGCGGCGUCGCGAUGUUCGCCGGUAUCAUGUCGUGGUGGGAAGGAAGGAAAGUGAAGAAGAUUGAGGGUCCGGAGAUCAAGAUUGAGACGAAGGCAGGGGAGUCGAGCGAAGACACUGCUGUAUAA